AUGGUGUCCAAGAGCUCGCGCGGCCCCGGCAUGGCCGCCGGCGGCAGCGAGGCGGAGGAGGCGCUCCUGCUGCCGGAGCGCGUCGUGGGGGACCUCGCGGUGGCGCCUCCCGGCAACGCGUCGGUCCUCGGCGCGGUGUUCAACGUGUCGACGAGCGUGGUGGGCGCCGGGAUCAUGUCGAUCCCGGCGGCCAUGCGGGUGCUCGGCGUGGCCCCGGCCCUGGCGCUCAUCGUGUGCGUCGCGCUCCUCGCCAACGUCGCCGUGGACUUCAUGCUCCGGUACACCCGGGGCACGCCGUCGUACGCGGCGCUGAUGGGCGGCUCGUUCGGCCGGGCCGGCGCCAAGCUGCUCAACGUCUUCAUCGCCUUCAACUGCGUCGGGACCCUCACCGUCUACCUCAUAAUCAUCGGGGACGUGAUGUCCGGCCCCGUGGGCAGCGGGGAGGCGCACGCCGGGGUGCUGCCGGAGUGGUUCGGCCCGCACUGGUGGACCGGCCGGGAUGCGGUGCUGGUGGCGGCCGCGGUGAUUCUCCUGCCUCUUGUGCUCCAGAAGCAUGUAGAUUCGCUGAGGUACACAUCGGCAGUGUCCAUCCUUCUGGCGGCGGUGUUCAUGCUCAUCACGAUGGGGAUCGCGGUCUACACUGUCUUCACCGGCACCGCGAAGAUGCCGCGGAUGCUGCCGGACUUCUCCACCCUCGCGUCCCCCUUCGAGCUCUUCACCGCCGUCCCGGUCAUCGUCGUCGCCUUCACCUUCCACUUCAACGUGCACCCGAUCCGCGCGGAGCUCAGCAAGACGUCGGACAUGAAGUCGGCGGUGCGCAUCUCGCUGGUGCUCUGCGCCGCCAUCUACGCCGCGGUGGGCUUCUUCGGCUUCCUCCUCUUCGGGGACGCCACCAUGCCCGACGUGCUCGCCAACUUCGACCGCAGCUCCGGCUCCGGCGUCCCGCAGGCGCUCAACGACGCCGCGCGCCUCAGCUACGCGCUGCACCUCGUGCUCGUCUUCCCGCUCCUCCACUACUCGCUCCGCGUCAACGUCGACGAGCUCCUCUUCCCAGGCCGCCGCCCGCUGGCCACCGACACGCGCCGCUUCGUGGCGCUCACGGCCGUGCUCAUGGCGGUGCUCUACGUGCUCGCCAUCGCCAUCCCCAGCAUCUGGACGCUCUUCCAGUACUCGGGCUCCACGUUCGCCGUCUGCAUAUCGCUCAUCUUCCCUGGCGCCAUCGUUCUCAGGGAUGUUCACGGAAUAGCGAAGAGGAAAGACAAGGCAAUGGCAGCGAUGAUGAUCACUCUGGCGGUGAUCACGAGCAGCAUCGCCAUUGCUUCCAACGUCAUGAGCUCCAUCAAGGGCGAAGUGAAAGGACAGCCUCGCCGAGAGGUUUGGCGCGGCCGCCGGGGAGAUCCCGAGCCAGUCAGCAUGGAGGACGACAUCCCUCUCUCUCAGCACGUUCGCCGGGGAGACGUCGAGCUAAUCAGGAUGGAGGACGGCAUCCCUCUCUCUUGGCGCGUCCACCGGGGAUACCCCGAGCUAAUCGGGAUGGAGGACGCCAUCCCUCCUCUUUCUCUCUCUCAUGACAUCUUCGUUGCCCCGACACCCUUGUCGUAG